AUGUCUUUAUAUACAAAUAAUAAUCAUUCAAGUUGUUUUAAUUUUGAUUUUAAUAUAAAAAAUGAUUGUCAAGGAAAUAAUUAUUGUUUAAAUAAUGGUCAAUGUUUUCAAGAUAAUUAUCACUGUUCAACAACAAGUAUUUAUUUAUGUCCAGAUUGUUUUUAUAGUAGUCAAUGCCGAUUUUUAACAAAAGUUUAUGGUUUUUCAUUAGAUAUUAUAUUAGAUUAUUAUAUAAAAGCUAAUAUUAAAUUUUCUCAUCAAUCAAAACCUGUUCAAACAAGAAUUCAUGAGUCAAUUCAUCGCCAUUUAAUUCAUGAUGAACAAGAACAUCGAACUUGGUGUAUUGUUAACUAUCAAUCUAAUUCUAUUUUACAAUAG